UGUUGUACUUGUCCAUACAGAGCAGGGAGCUACUUUUGGUGACCUGUGGGACUACUUUGGAGCUGUCUAGCUUGUGGAUUGCCGAUUGUUGAACCUCACAACUUGUGUGUACCAGAGCACAGGGAAAAGUCAGCCUCAUGGCCAGCAACUCCAAAAAGAAGAGAUUGGGAAGUCAGUAUAGGAUCCUUUUCUAUCUUGGCGAGGGUACAUUUGGCACAGUGGUAUUGGCCUCACACCUGAAAACUGAGGCCCUGGUGGCCGUAAAAAUGGUAGAGAUCAGCAAGGAGACCCUCAACGUUAUCCAGGCCGAACGAGAAAUACUGACGACACUAAAACAUCCUAAUAUCAUCCGCCUCUUCCAGGUCCUAAUAACAUCAAGCCACGUCAACUUCGUACUGGAGUACGCAUCGGGAGGGAACUUAUUUGAUUUAAUACAAGAGCAUGGCCCACUGCAGGACGAAGAGGCAAAACAUAUAUUCGGACAAUUAGUGGCCUCUCUGAAAUAUUGCCACAACCUUAAUAUUGUCCAUCGAGACAUUAAACCACAGAAUGUGCUCCUCGAUGAAGAAAGAAAUGUAAAGCUGACAGACUUUGGCCUGGCCAUAAAAUGCAGUGCUGGCAGAUUACUGAGCCGGAAGUGUGGGACCAGGACCUUUUGGGCGCCAGAGAAACUGCUAGGGGAGCCAUAUGAUGGCAGGAAGACAGAUAUAUGGAGUCUUGGUGUGCUACUAUUCUUUAUCACCACUGGGGACCACCCUUUUGCAGGAAGUACCUUGAUAGAGUUGGAGAAAAGGCUUACCACAGGGACCUAUCGUAUUCCACCUUACAUGUCUGUUAAACUGGAAAAUCUCAUACACCAGAUCUUCACAGUUCCCCCUGAGAAGAGGCCCUCCAUUGAAGACAUUGAGAGACAUCCGUGGGUCAGAAAAUGUGAUGUAACUGUUCCGACUGAUAGCUUCCCAGAUUACACCAUCAUAGACAUGCUCUGUGGCAUGGGGUUUGAUGCCAAUAAGAUCUUAGAAUCCCUGCAGAAGAAAAAGUUUGAUGAGAACAUGGGGACAUAUUUGCUUUUAAAAGAGCAGGUAGGCAAAGGGAUUGAGUAUACCCCUACCCCUUCUCCCAAACCUGCGGAUCUGUGCCCUGCGCCACCCCCAUCACCAGCACAUACCUCCGGUCUUCCCCAAAAGAGAAGGGCCAGUGAACCCAACUUUGGCCUCGUCCACAUCUGGCCCUCAGGACAGCAGGGGCCUGCUGCCCUGACACGAUCAGGACACAAGUUGGCCAGAAGUGACUCCAUGCCUCCCAUUGCUCUUCAUUUUCCCGAGAAGAAGAGCACCACUCCUAGCUGUGCCAUCUAUACCAGAGCUGUGGCUGCCCCAUGGAUCUCCAACACCCUUUUGGAAGAUGAAACAAGCCUGCCACCUGAGGAAGACGUUGCCGUGGAAACAUCAUCUCCCACUCUGAAGAUUGGGUUCUUCAGAAGACUGCGCAAUCGACUCAGGAAUUGCCUCUCAAGGCUUUGUUGCAUCCCCGGGCUCCAGAGACAAACACCCAGCGUAGAUCCUCCAAGAAAGUGGCUCCCCUGAAAGAGGUCGGAAGCAGAACCCGGUGAAAGGGUAGCUUCUCCUCUGCAGAUGACAGCGCUGCACUACAGAAGCUCAUGCUUGCAAGGCCAGGAAAGUCGUGGAUCCCUGACAAUGAGGGCAGUGGUUCAUUGUUGCUGCGGAUCACCUUUCAAAAUAACAACCCUAAACUAGAAACACAAAGUAAAAUUAUCCUACUGAUGUGAGACUGUUGUACAGAGGGAAUCUCAUGUCCAGAUGGAAUCUCAUGUGAGGAUCUGGUGCCUGGCAGAGGAUCAAUUCCAAGGCUCUAAUGGGCCACCUCAAAAGUUUCCCUGCCAUUCAGAAGGACAACCAGGGCCUGACCCUGUGGCUUCUGUAUCAGUGUGGAGCAUCUGCCUAAAAUGGACACUAGCAUCUCUAGACAAAGGAGAGGCUGGAGUGCCACACUUGUACUGCACGCCCAAUCAUUAAAAUAGUAGCCAACCAACUGUUGAGGUGUGUACACAAUGAUACAGGAUUCUGCACAGAGACUCCAUUCACAAUAAUAGGGCCUCUUUUGUAGCCACCCAAAGCAGGCCGAUGCCUUCAGCCCCUGUACCCCAAGACCAAAUUACAGGCAUUUUCAUAGGACACAUAAGCUGGUCCUUGUUUCAGUUCCUUACCCCAUUCAUUCUGUCUCCUAUCAAGAAAACUUUUCCUGCCCAUCUCAGAACUGAAUCUUGUUCCACAAUUCAGGGAACACAUGUGAAAAGAGGAUUUGGACCUCUCUGUCCUCACGUCUCUGUAUGGACACUCUGGGUGGACCAUCUCUGGAAGAUCCUGUCCCAGCUGCAGGAUGGCCUGAGCGCCUGUACUGUCCAUAUCUACUGAAAGAAACACUCGAGGCAAUAGACUAUCCUGUCAAAGGCAAUGCAUUCUGCCCUUGACAAUGAUGUGAACAUUCCGCUGUCUCCACAUGAACACACCCAGCCUGCCCCAACAUUGUGCUAUAGUCACUAUGGGGACAAGAAGGAGAAGAGGACUAUGAGAGUAGGAUUCUGGAUGCCAAAAUAAUAAUGAUUGAGUCACCCUCUAGUGAUGACGAUGAAGCUCAGGCUCUACACUUCAGUGUGAGAGCUCAGUGUUGUUUCUGGAACCGUGUCCACACCAACACCCAGGAAACCACAGGCUUUGGAUGGUGGAUGCUUCUGACCAGACAGGGAGAGUGGAGGCUUGAGCACUUAAGUCCCUGCAGAUUUCUCAACCUGCCUGAACUCUCUGCUAGUCCAGUGUUCCAGUACUCUCCAACGGUGAGGCGAGAGAAGACCAGAGAUGUUUGCAACUCUGAUCCAGUCUAACUGAGCUUCCAGUGCUCAAACACAGAGCGUGGACAGAGAUUUUUGAGGCCUCUCCAUGAAUGCUGUCCAGAAUCAAGCUAUGGGGGAGUUCAGUGUGGGAGACGUGCAGGACCUUGGAUGGAGUCUGGGGUCUCGAGAAUGAAAUGUGUCUUCAUUAGGGCCAGAAGACACAUGAGGAAUGCCACAGUAGAUACAGAAAACCCAGUGUCAUGAUGUGGAGUCCAAGGCCAAGAGAUGCUACUGAGAAAUCCAAUGCUUGUAUGAGUGAAGCUGGACAUGAACAGUGUGGAUGGACGUGGUCCCUUUCACUUCAAGCUGCAGUGUUGUCACCAGCUGCUGAGAAGCCCAUGUCCCAGUAGACUAUCCUCUGACAAGAAUAUUAUGCCUUUUAAGAUCAUGUGACGAUUUCUCUGUCUCCAUAUAGGAGACCAGGCCAUACAAGGUGCUACUGUCACUGAGGAGACAGUAAUGGGAGGAGGACUGUGACAGUAGGAGGUGGCACGGAAAAGUGAUGUGAGGCUCAGAUGUAUCUAGAAGCUUUAUGGUGCAACCACUUCUCCCCUCUUCAGACCUUCAUUCUAUGCUGGAGUCUUCCUAGUGACAGCCCUGUCACCAAACGACAGCAACUUCUCCCUUACUCUCCCUCAUCCUUGCUGCUCAGUCUUGACACUAAAGAGCCUAGAGGAGGGCCUCUACAGAUCAGUCAGUGGGUGUCCCCUGACCACUGCCACUGCAUUUUCUAGGGCUUGUGUUCCAGUGGGGGGUGUCUGAGAGAGCUGGUCUCCCAGCUCUUGGGAUGCAGCCUGUUCCUCAUUUCCUGGACUGUGCCUGCUCCAGUCUUCCUCUUGCAUCAUGGAAGCCAUUCUUCCCUUCACAGGCCUGACUUCAUUUUUACCCACAAGGAGGAAGGGUGAAGAUUGGCUCUGAGAUGUGACCCCAGCUUCUAGACUGUCUAUGUGAAGUGGUAUUAUCUGACCUUUUCUCAGAUGCCAUUCUAUAGGCACAGAGAUGUGCAAGGCUCUAGCUAGGUGCUAGAUCCCAGGAUCAUUAAUGUCAUGGACAGCCUGUGCCCAAGGAGCUAACACACUGACACAGUCCAGGACAUCCAGGAAGACGAAAGUGGUGAGAUCAAAAGCCCUCAGAGUGUUAGGUGAUGCAACAUGCCAAAAGCCUGAACUCUACGCUCCCCUUGUGCUGGUGAUGGGAAAGUCAGAAGAUGAAGAGGCUAUCCUGAUGGCUGGACAAUGUAGCAAUCCCAGAAACAAGAGGCCAUGCUCCUGCAUGUAGAUCCACCAUUCUUCACAUAUGCAUGUUGAGUUUCUAAGCAGAUGUCUCUAGCUAUGAUUCUGAACUUCAGAAAAGCAGUCGAAGGUCAUGAGGAGUCCUGAUAGAAUCAACACAGGCUAGAGCCAAAAUCGCGAUGCUGUGUCCUAAAGUCCUUUCCUGUUUGGAGCUGCUGAGUGUAGUCUGAACUGAGAGUCUGGACCUGCUCUCUCAGUGAAGGCACAACUUCUUGAACUCUGACUCUGAACUGUACUUGUGGCUAAUGCUCCUUAUGAUCCAAAAACCUAAUUCAGCAUUGAAAAUAUAAGCUUCCAACCUCCAACCUGGAACAUUCUGUCUCAGAAAGGACAGUGUGUACACUUGAAUGGAAAGACCAGAUCCUGGUGCUUUCCCACAAGAAGUUGCUGAAUGUGGCUACCUGGAAGGACAACCAAAGAGGGCUGCCAGAGAGGAGGCCACUACCAAUUAGUCAAGCAACCUCAGCUGCAUCAUCACAAGCAUCUGUAGUAUGGAGGUCUGGUAAACACAGUGUGGGCCUUUUCCUUCCCUGGAUGCCACCAUCAAGUGAGAUAUAGGUUGUUCACAUCACUGUGUGGACCUAGAAUUCCUCUGCAGGUCCUUUUACAGGAGUGGAGUCCCUCACUCCAAGAGAGGUUAGCAACUGCUCAGACAUUCAGGCCAUUUUCCUCUGCUAGCCUGUGCUUCUUUGAGUAGGUCCAAUUCAGUGCUACUAGUUUUAUAGGUGGAAGAACAUGAAGAAUCUGAGGCUGUGCCAGUCCAUGCUGGAGAAGUAUCUGACUGGACUGAGGAGUAGAAACCUUGGCCAUGGACCAUAAAUGUGCUGUUCUCCUUCUAUGGAUGACAGAAAAAUGGAAUCUUCUCUGUCCUUCAGAAUUUUCUUGGUUGUUGAUUUGGGAUCCUCAAUCUCUCAACUUAGUUCUCUAAUGUCAAGUAGUAUUGAAUCUUAGCAUCCUACUUUAUUUGCCCCUGUUAUUUCUGUCUACCUUUAUUUUGCCAGAACUUUGUAUGGCUAUGACAGUACUUUGUAUCACUUUAGGAUUGGCAAGGCCACAUCAGGGUAACCAGAGCCCUUACACAGGAUAGUCUUCUUGUAACACUAAUCUUGACUCAGUGGUGAGAGAGAACUUAAAACUCAGAGCAUGACCUGCCCCAGUGUGGUUCCUGAGCCUGGGAACUCAAAGCUCAACAGUCCAACCUCCUUCGUUUAUUCUGGGUUUGGACCUUUUGCAGUCUUUUCUUGUCAGUGUCAACAACUACUUCGGUAGUAGCUGGAAGUCCAGAAAUCAAGGGGUGGGCGUUUCUUGCAUGAUCUUGACCCAUGUUGGGUCUUCUAACUUCUGUCUCCACAUUCAACAUUAAAUAUACCACAUCUCUCCAAAGGUCAUGCCUGUUCCAGUAUCCUGAACUCAGUGAGGAGGUUGGACCAAGUGUCAAAGGAAUGAAGGUCAAGCUCUGGAUUUUAUCAGAGAGUCUGAGCAAGACCACUGAUGUUCUGGGAAAAACUUGACUUUCCAGUGGGAUCUUCAUCUGCUGUACAUAACCAACAACCUUUGCUGUGAUGAAAACCAGAGGAUGAUAAAAGGUGCUGCAGUUGGCAUGACUGCUGACAAGAGACACUCAGAGGUUCACUUCAAAUUCAAUAUUCAGAUCGUCUUCAUGGUCUUUUCUUAGUCUCCCCUUAGAGACAGAACUGAAAUUCACCAUGGACCACAUCUUUUACAUGAAGGUAAGAUGAUCACUUUAGAUAACUUAGCUUUUGAUGCUAAGGCACUGGGAUUCCAAAAAGGUAUGAAAGGAGAGGGCACAAAGUAGAGCUCAGUCCUACAGCUCAUACCAUGCAUACUGAUGUCCUCAAUUCUGUUCUCAGGGAGAAGCAUGGGGAAAUUUCUAUUUCAUGUCAUAGGAAACUCCCAAUCAGUCUCAUGUCUCUGCACCUAGAGCAGAGGCUUUGCUUGAAUCACAUCCUAAAGCAAGUGAGGUUGGAAACGUGGUUGCAUAUGACUAGUCCUACCACACUUGCUGCAGCUCUUGUGAGGGAUGUUCCCGGUACAUCUUUAUCCAAUGCCAUCCAGGUAUGAGUUAGAUACUCUUGCUACAAUGACAACCCAAUGCAUGUAAAUUGUCAAUAUAUGGAAGGACAGUGUAUUUAGUGUUUUGGUAAAAGUACCCAUAUCUAAUCAUGACCGAGAUAAAUAUACACUGUGUCCUUGUGAGAAAGGGGAAACCAUGCUGAGGAAGGUCUAUUCUGAGGACAACAGCCCUGAGAACACAGAAACCCAGCAAGGCUCACAGGAAAAGUCACAUUUGAAGCCCUGCUUGACAGACCCAGCAUCUCUCCUUCCUCAUGACUUUCUUUGUAAAACAGGCUCCCCCUCAGACACACCCAUUUCAGUCAUUCUCACAGCCAUCACCUUAUCCCGCAAUCUGGAUGUCAGCCAACUCUUACACCUCUCCCUUUGUGAAACAAGGGAAGAUGAUAAUCAUGCCUAGUGUCGUAUGAGUUCUAUAUUAACCCUGCCUUACUGCACAUUUAGACCUGACAGCAGCCUUUGCUCUUGUGGAAAAUGGGCAGAUGUUGGCCAUACACAGUAUCCUAACAGCUUUAGAAUGGGCCCACUUCACUGCUCAGCUAGGCCUGUUGCAGCAGGCUUUUCUGUGAGCCAUAUGGACAUCUUUUUCCUUUGGUGUGUGUUCCUUGUAAAGUAGACCUAGGAGAUGAUAUCAGGAAAUCUCUUCACCUUGUAAGUCUUUACAGCUCCUCCCUCAUGUCCUUGGCAUUUUGAAAUGAGCCAGGCUCCAAUUACACCCAUAGCAAAUGGCAAACAAAUCACACCCCAUUCAUUUCUGACCUGGUCCUGAUCUCACCUCCAAAACACUCAGAGGACAUAAUCCAUAUGUCAAUUUUCUAAGGUGUAGAUGAUGAGCUGACAGUUGGAGGGAAUGUAGAAGUGAAAGAUCCUCUCUUGAGCAUCCCCAGAGAGGUGUAUCUGUACAGACCCACAUAGAGGGAAACCACUACUUUAAGCUGCCCUUUGUGAGCACCAUAGCUUCUCUGGACAUUAAACAAUGAUAUUGGGAUUCUUCUAAACUGGUGUGGCCCAUACUAUCAGAACAGAGUGCUGUGUCUUUUUAAAUUGUAACAGGGAGAUGGUCUCCUUCUGCUAUAGAUAUGAGCUGGGUUUAGUACUGCUCAUGCUGAGAGAUGAGCAUGUUCAAUCAGAAGGUAGCCUUUUCUUCUGGUCCCACAGGAAGCCAUUGAUCGCCUGUCUCAUUCUUUCUGCUGCCUGGAAAUCCCAAGCACUUUUGAGUUUAACAUAGGGAGCCAUGGGGAUACCAUUUCCUGCACAUUCUUCCCACAUACCAGCCAUGCGCUCUCGAUUCACAGAAUGCUAAAGUGUCCUGUAAGCUUUCCCAGUCUCUCUGAAGAACUCAAUCUGCCUGGUUAUUGGCACUUGCUCUGGACGAUGCCACUGAAAUUCCUUGGGGUUUUAUUAUUGUCGUUGCAUGCUUUUACUCUUCUGUUUGGUAUAAGUGAACAUUCAUGAAGAUCAACUUAAAAAUAGGCAUGUAAAAUGUAUUCACAAAAGUGUCAAUGCUCUAUUCCCAAACUUUUAUGUCCCCAAACCCCUGCUCCAACCCCACAAGUUAUCUCAUUCCCAAGACUUGCUCUGUCUUUACAGUAUUUGCUCCGUUGCAUCUGGCCCAUGUUUCCUGGGGAUGUUUCCUUCUGGUUUGUAGCAAUGACCCUGCUGCUUUUAGCUGGCAGACUAUUUCUUUUUUCUAAGGUGGUUGUUAAGCAGACCAUCUCCUUUGUCUUGUCUCAUGUGCAGUUAUUAUGAAUCAGCUUGCAAGAAAGAGUUGAAAUACCACUUGCAAUGUUGGAUUUAUGGGCUUGAUUUUCAAGGUUACUCGUAGACAUGAGAACGAGCUGGGUCAAGAGAAACAUUGUAAGCUGCUAAAUUCUAUCAAAUUCCGGUGAUGUGUUCAAAUGUGUGAUGCUUAAACUUGGGAGGCUAAAUAGUACUUUUCAAAAGGCCAGGCUUGCAUCUACCCAUGUGGAGUCCAAAGAAUUCCACUUCAGGUUUUAGGUUUACCCAGGGCUGAAAGACAAAUCUACAAUAGCCAUUGGCAUUCCCACAAACAUGUAAAAGCAAAUGCUACUACUAGAUGCCAUGAAUGAUCCUUUUCUUGUAGUUUACUUGUCAUCCAUUAGGAUUUUAGCUUCCUUUUCUGUCAUGUGUUCUUGAGGGCUCUGGGACUAUAACAUGCUCCCUUCUUUGCAGUGGCAGCCUUGCCCCAAAAUUUUGUUAUGAUCAAAGAUGCAGUCUAGUGUGUUUUAAGUUCCAAUCUAUUGGUUGGUGGAUGAGUUAGGAUGCUCAAAGAUACUGUUUACACCAUUCGGUGCUCCAUUUUGAUCCUGCCUUUCGUAUCACCAUGUCAUAUGAUCCCUCCAGAGUUCAUCCCAAAAUUUAUCAUCAUUCAUAAGCUUUCCAACCAGCUCUGAGAAUUAAUUUCCCAGAAAACAGAAUAUCCUUGGAUGGGAAUAACAUCUGUGGGCUCUCAUAAGCCAAUCCUAGUGGAUGGUAUUGCUCUGCCAGUAAUUGGAACAAUGAGUCUCUGCUGGUCCGUGAUGAGCAGAUUCCAGGCACCUUCGAUCAAAAUGUAAUGAGAUGAUCUUGACCCGUAAAAUGUUAAGUAAGUAUUCAAAAUGGUUCUUGGACACCCAUUUGCACAAAGGAGGUAAGAAAAUUUCAGAGGGCUUUUGGGGCUUUUGGAUCCUGCUUGUGUGUUUAUGAAGGUACCAUUCUGGAAGAACAUCUCUGGACAGUGGCAUAUCUAUAGUGUCUCAUCUUUACUUCAUGGGGCUCCCAAGAGACUGGGAAAUGGAGAGGACACUGUCACAUUAAAACCCAAUCUCUGGUGUAUGACUUUUGGGUUGUGUACAAUAGAGUGGGUACUCCUCAGGAGUAAUGUUGGGACAUUUUUUUCAGCUAUGGAGGAAGAAUCUUUUGGCCAUCAUCUUCAAGCCUGCAUGAGUUCAUAUUUGUGUCCCAGGCCUCGAGCUUUUGAGUCUCCAGGGGAAAACUUUUGGUGGAGUUGCUACAGGAUCUAUAUGCGAGUCUCUUUGUUUGCCUUCUGUACAUGGAUAACAGCCCCUUUGUAGGGAGGAGAACAAAGACAUGGAGAUGUCAUGCUGUUACUUGUUCAAACAGUGCAGAAGGGCAGGCAACCAACACCAGACCUUCUGGGUGCUAGGACCCUGUCACUAUCCACGGGGUAUCUAGGAUGCAGGUGGUAUGGCAGAAGUUAAUUCUUUCCAAAAGAGCCUGACUGACAUAGUGAAGCUCCCACAACCUCCCUCUCGCAGUCUCCAUCAACUCUUGCAUGUCUCCUUGGCUACCACUUCAGAGAGUUUGUGAUUCUCCUGACAGGGGAGCUCCAGCAAAAACUCGGACUUCAGUCUCAUGAUACUGAACAGACUGUUCUAGCUGAUGAGGCUGGGCUUAGAAGAUGGACUACAGCCAAGAACCCUGGCCACCAUAACAACAAGUCACACCUUUAGGAAACACUUGAAAAGCACUUAUGCACAGUAGAAAAGUACAAGGAUUAAAGUCUCCUCAGGCAUUCCAGCAUAGAGAGAGUCUGACAGACUCAGGUCAGAGGUUACCUCCAAAUAAUAGAAGAGGAAGAAGGUCCUGCUUGACAGAAGAAGCCUGUGGCUGAGGCCAUUGCAACAAGGACUAUGAUUGUGAAACUUGUUUCUCCGUGGAUACCGGUUUCAGAAAUCUUGUGCCCAGGUACCCACAGUCCUCCUCACAUACCUCAUUUUAUAGAACUUUGCAAGUCCUGACAUUCUGUCAUGUGCUUUGUUAUCCCACAUAGGGUAACAAAGAUUUUUACCCAUUUAAGAGUCUGGAAAUAGGCUGGACCCACUGUUGACAUUAAAGGUGCAUUUCUCUA